CUCUGUGUGUCUCUGUCUCUCUCUCUCCCCAGAGCUGACGUUGGUUUGAAACGUCACUGCAUUUUCUGUACUCUCAUUCUGGUCCCAGUCUGGAGCCGCUUGUAAAACAUCUACGAGACGGGACAAGCGGUGGAGAGGGGGAGAUUGUCCCUGUAGACGCUUCCAGAAAAGAAGAUGCUGCAGACUAUUUAUGACUGGUUCUGGUGGGACCGCCUCUGGCUCCCGUACAACCUGACGUGGGCUGACCUGGAGGACCGCGACGGGCGCGUCUACGCCAAGGCCAGCGACCUCUACGUCACCAUUCCUUGUGCCUUCGCUCUGAUGUUGAUCCGAUACGUCUUCGAGAGAACCGUAGCCACUUACUUCGCACACUUACUGGGCAUUAAAGAGAAGGUCCGGUUAAAGGUGAAACCCAACCCUAUUUUGGAAAAGUCCUUCAGUCUCUCAUCGAAACAUCCCAAACAGAGCGAAAUUGAAAGCCUCGCCAAAAGCAGCAACCUCACCCCGCGCCAGGUGGAGCGGUGGUUCCGGCGGCGGCGAAACCAGGCCCGGCCCAGUGUACUGAAGAAGUUCCGGGAAGCUUGUUGGCGGUUCACCUUCUACCUGGUUGCUUUCGUUGCCGGCAUGGCAGUUCUAGUGGACAAACCUUGGUUCUACGACCUGCGGGAGACGUGGAAGGGGUUCCCGAUCCAGACGAUGUUACCCUCACAGUACUGGUAUUACAUGAUCGAGCUGGGAUUCUACUGGUCGCUGCUCUUCACCGUAGCCUCUGAUGUAAAGAGGAAGGACUUCAAGGAACAGAUCAUCCACCACGUGUCCACCAUCAUCCUCAUCGGCUUCUCCUGGUGCACCAACUACAUUCGCGCCGGGACCCUGGUCAUGGCUGUGCACGAUGCCUCAGACUACUUCCUUGAGUCCGCCAAGAUGUUCAACUACGCUGGCUGGAAGACGACGUGUAACUGCCUCUUCAUCCUCUUCGCUGUGGCUUUCUUCACCACCAGGCUCAUCAUCUUCCCUUUCUGGAUCAUCCACUGUACUGUGAUUUACCCCCUCGAGCUUUACCCUGCUUUCUUCGGGUAUUACUUCUUCAACGGAAUCCUGGUCGUUCUUCAGCUCCUGCAUAUCUUCUGGGCUGCCCUCAUCCUACGGAUGGCCCUCAAGUUCAUGACUGGGAAGAUAGUGGAGGAUGAACGUAGUGACCGGGAGGAGACGGACAACUCAGAGGACGAGGAACCGGUGAAGAAUGGCCCAGUGUCCAAUGGCCACACAGCACUCAAUAGCAACCACAGCAAGACCGACUAGUGCCUGCUGUUCCUUGGGGAGGAAAUGUGGGGAAGGGAGGGGGAGAGAGUGGGGAAAAAACUACCCUCCCUCUCCACUUCCUUCCUCUCCCUCCUGGUAACAACCGCACGCCAGAGGGGGAAGAUAAUAUUUUUUAACAUUGUGGGGGUGGGAAGGGGGAAAAAGAGAGAGAGAGAGAAAUAAUCACAGCUUUAAUAUAUUAAAAGACCUAGCUGGAGAAAUGAAUAUCUUAACUAGCCCUCCCUCCCUCUCCCCUCACUCCUCUGAAUUUUUGAGGUGGUGGUGGGGAGGGGGUGAAUCAUGUGCGGUUAUCUAAAGGAGGGACAGGAGAGGAGGGGAUGCAGAGAAGAUACCCCAAAGCUCUUGAAUAGUGGGUCUGUAUGCCUCCGAGCAGUAUUUUCUUUUUAGUUUGCUUAUUUACCACACUCCUUCCUUCCCGGACUCGUCUUUGGAUGGGGGUGAUAGAGGGUUGGUUACCCUGGUGGGAUCGCACCUUGUAACAUGCAAUCUUUUGUUUCUGAGGAGCAUUUCUUUAAUAAAAAGACAAUAACUCGCUUUGGAAAGCUCGAACAGCUCGGUAGGGGGAGAGCUGUGGAAGGUCUGUGUGCCUGGAGUGAGGAAGAGGGAUGUUGAGGAUGCGAGUGGGAAGGAGCGAUUGGUUAGCACAGGUUUCUCUACUGUUCCCACUCCCUAUAUCAGGAGUGAUAGUAGGUUUUGUGAUUGGAUGGAGGAGGGAGGGGGUCUAGUCAUAAAUUCAUUGCAUCUCUAUACAGCACUUGAAAGAGCUCCCUGGGGAGGAGGUAGGUGCUAGGCAGGGGCGGAGAUUAUCCGAGACGUUCAAUUAAUUUCCUCUGAUCCCACCACAGGCCACAAACCAGAAUCUCAACCCCACCCCCUCCCCCCAGGGUCUGUUCAUCUAGUCCAUUAACUACACUCCGUGGGAAGGGAUGGGAUGGUCUAGAUUUGAUGUUACAUUUGCAACACAUAUUGUAAAUAAGAAAAGAAAAUGAGAUGUUGGGAUGCCUAAAACAGUUUGCAAUUAAUUUUUUUGAUUAAAAAUCCAUUUUAAAAGAUGCAGGUGUGGUUGUUCCUGCAGAUACACCACUCUUCUGGUUCCUGGAAGGAUAAGAAAGAAUUGUCUGUAUUUGUGCCCAUUUUAGCCAUUUCCCUUGACCCUUCA